UUCGAUUCAUUUACAGAAACUCCUCGGCCUCUCCUCACCUAACCCAACUGCCCUUUCUCUUGUAAUAAUCGAACUUCCCUUUCCGUCUCUUUCGUCGUCGUCGUCGUCGCCGCCGCACCGCCAUGGCUUGUGUUAGCUUCGCUAAGCUCAACGUGCCGUCGUCCACUUGGAUUGGAGGCCAGCAGUCUCCCUCUCUGCGAUCCGUCUCGUCAACACGGCUCGCCACUCGCAGAGUCUCACUCCCGAUCCGUGCCGGCGCUUACACCGACGAACUCAUCAAAACCGCCAAAACUAUUGCAUCACCUGGCCGUGGAAUCCUGGCGAUCGACGAAUCGAAUGCAACAUGUGGAAAGAGAUUAUCUUCUAUUGCCUUAGACAAUACUGAACCCAACCGCCAGGCUUACAGACAGCUUCUGCUCACAACUCCUGGCCUUGGAGAAUAUAUUUCUGGUGCCAUUCUUUUUGAAGAAACACUUUACCAGUCAACAGCAGAUGGGAAGAAGUUUGUGGAUGUCUUGCAUGAACAAAAAAUUGUGCCCGGCAUCAAAGUAGAUAAGGGUUUGGUUCCUCUACCUGGAUCAAACAACGAAUCUUGGUGUCAAGGCUUGGAUGGAUUGUCAUCAAGGUCGGCUGAGUACUACAAACAAGGUGCUCGGUUUGCCAAGUGGAGAACAGUCGUUAGCAUUCCUUGUGGUCCUUCUGCUGUAGCUGUUAAGGAAGCUGCCUGGGGACUUGCCCGUUAUGCUGCCAUUUCUCAGGACAAUGGACUUGUGCCAAUCGUGGAACCCGAGAUUCUUCUUGAUGGUGACCACCCUAUUGAAAGGACCCUUGAAGUAGCUGAGAAAGUCUGGGCAGAAGUAUUUUACUACCUGGCUGAGAACAAUGUUAUAUUUGAAGGCAUCUUACUCAAGCCCAGCAUGGUAACCCCGGGAGCUGAACACAAAGAGAAGGCUUCUCCCGAGACUAUUGCAAAAUAUACACUCACUAUGCUGAAGAGAAGAGUUCCACCAGCCGUUCCGGGAAUCAUGUUUUUGUCUGGAGGACAGUCUGAGGUGGAAGCCACCUUGAACUUGCAUGCAAUGAACCAAAGCCCGAACCCGUGGCACGUUUCAUUCUCAUAUGCUCGUGCAUUGCAGAACACCGUGCUUAAGAUAUGGGAGGGACGUCCUGAGAACGUCGAAGCUGCUCAGAAAGCUCUUUUGGUGCGUGCAAAGGCAAAUUCUCUGGCUCAGCUCGGAAAAUACUCAGCUGAGGGUGAAAGUGAAGAAGCCAAGAAAGGAAUGUUCGUUAAGGGCUAUACCUAUUAAGACGACUUCAAGUUUCACUUCUCACACUCUUGGUUGGCUAUGCAUGGCACUUUGCGAGAGGAGUACUUGUUUUUAGAUAAGUUUUUACAUUUUAUCUCCACGCCUCCUGAAAGUAGAGGUUGAAUAAAUUUGCAUGGGAAAGUAGAGAAACCACAUGCCUUGAAUCACUUCCCUUGGUAAUAUCUAAGGUAAGGCUUGUUUAUUGGGUUUGUCAAUUUUAGACUGAAUUCCAUUUUAAGUUUAGAUUGUUUGUAUCAUCUUGAAUUAUGGUCAGGUUUAGGCUUUUGAAUUUCGUUUCGUC